AUGUUGCGAACCAUCGGGUGGAGGACAGCGAGGAGGACCCGUCUCUAUCAGCCGACGCUUGCAAGGAUGACUUCGACGGAGAUCACGAGCCACCAACAGUACCACUCGGCAGGGCUGACCGAGCACGACCUGGACCCGGAGCCGAUGGCGGUAUUCAAGCGCUGGUUCGACGAGGCGCAACGCUCGGGAAAGGUGGCCGAGCCGGAGGCGAUGUGUGUGUCGACGGUGGGCCCGACGGGGGUGCCCUCGGCGCGCUUCGUCCUGCUCAAGAAGUUCGACGCCGCCGGCUUCGUCUUCUUCACCCACUACGGCUCGCGCAAGGCCGCCGAGCUGGCCGCGAAUCCGGGGGUCGCCCUGGCCUUCUACUGGGGAGCAAUCCACCAGCAGGUCCGGGUAGUCGGCCGCGCCGCACCCGUCGCCGCCCUCGAGUCCGACCAGUACUUCGCCGGAAGGCCCCCCGGCUCCCGCGUCGGCGCCUGGGCGAGUCCCCAGUCCUCGCCCAUCGUCGACCGCGCCCAGCUGCUCGACGCCGUCGCCCAGCACGAACAGCGCUUCCGCCUCCUCCCCGGAAGCAUCGACAGGGACCCCCCCUCCGCACAGGACUCCCAGGCCCUCAUCCCCAGACCUCCGCACUGGGGCGGCUACCGCAUCGUGCCCCACGAGAUCGAGUUCUGGGUCGGCAGACCCAACCGGCUCCACGACCGCUUCGUCUACCGCAGAAACCCCGACGAUCCGCAUCCUGCUUGGACUAGGGAACGGCUCGCUCCCUGA